GUGAGACAAUGGUACCGUAUAAUCAUGGGGUAGUUCGACACUUUGAUGGGAACAUGUUUGUCCACAAGUCCAACCAAACCUUCCUGUUCAUCAUCGUCGAUCAUCAUCUCUGUCUAUAAAACCAAGCUCCACCAUUACCAUUAUCAAAUACAAAACGUGGACUAAACAAAACUUCCAUAACCUUUUGCGCUACCAGAAAACCAAGCUCCACCAUUACCACCACCAAAAAUGGUUUCGGAGUCGAGCAACUCCGCCACAAGUAGUAGCAGCCCCAUCAAAACAGUGGUGGUUUUGGUCCAAGAGAACCGCUCCUUCGACCACAUGCUGGGGUGGAUGAAGUCCCUAAACCCUGAGAUCGACGGCGUCACCGGAGCCGAGUCCAACCUCCUCUCCACCUCCGACCCCAACUCCAAACGUGUCUUCUUCGCUGACAACUCCGCCUACGUCGACCCUGACCCCGGCCACUCCAUCCAAGACGUCUACGAGCAAGUCUUCGGCGAGCCAUGGUCGGAGGCCUCGGCGUCCAAGAACCUCACCCCAACAAUGGAGGGGUUUGCUCAAAACGCUGAAAGAAAGCAAGCCGGGCUGGCCGAGACGGUGAUGAACGGGUUCAAGCCGGAGAACAUUGCAGUGUAUAGGGAGCUGGUGAGUGAGUUUGCCGUGUGUGACAGGUGGUUUGCUUCUGUGCCGGCGUCGACGCAGCCGAACCGGCAGUACGUGCACUCUGCGACGUCGCAUGGACUUUCCGGGAAUGAUACCAAGUUGCUGAUUGAAGGGCUGCCGCAGAAGACCAUAUUUGAGUCCAUGGAGGAGGCUGGCUACUCUUUUGGAAUCUACUAUCAGACCCCUCCUGCAACCCUUUUGUACAGGAAUCUAAGAAAGUUGAAGUACAUCGAUAACUUCCAUCAGUUUGAUCUACAUUUCAAGAAGCAUUGCGAGGAGGGGAAAUUACCCAACUAUACAGUUGUGGAACAAAGAUUCUUCGACAUAUUGUCCUUUCCUGCCAACGAUGAUCACCCGUCUCAUGACGUCUCAGAGGGUCAGAAAUUUGUAAAGAAAGUAUAUGAAGCACUGCGAUCAAGUCCUCAAUGGAAUGAAAUGUUGUUCAUAAUCGUAUACGACGAGCACGGCGGAUUCUACGAUCAUGUUCCGACGCCUGUUAAAGAUGUUCCUAGUCCGGAUGACAUCGCCGGUCCUGCGCCAUACAACUUCAAAUUCGACCGUCUUGGUGUUAGGGUUCCGGCAUUCCUAAUUUCACCCUGGAUUGAGCGAGGAACAGUGUUGCAUGGGCCUUCGGGGCCAUAUCCUUCCUCAGAGUUUGAACACUCCUCAAUAGCAGCAACUGUUAAGAAGAUUUUCAAUCUAAAAGAGUUUCUCACUAAGCGUGAUGCUUGGGCGGGAACCUUUGAUGUUAUAUUGACUAGAACAACUCCAAGAACUGAUUGCCCAGUUACCAUGCCUGAACCAGUGAAACUACGAGAGGCUGGAUCUAAAGACGAUGCGAAGAUAAGUGAUUUCCAAGAAGAACUAGUUCAAUUAGCUGCAGCACUGAACGGGGAUUACAAGAAGGAUACUUAUCCUCACAAAUUGGUUGAGAAUAUGACUUGUUCAGAGGCUCAUAAAUAUGUGGAAGAAGCGUUUAAAAAGUUUCAAGACGAAUGCGAGAAAGCUCGAAAAAAUGGAACGGAUGAAUCUAAGAUUAUCGUCUGCGAAAACUCUCUACCAUUGCAGUCGCAAAAAUCGUUUGCUCAUAAGAUAUUCUCUUGUUUAGUUUGUGAUAAUUGAGAACUACUCGAUUACUGUGUUUGGAGUUCUGUGACUCGGUGAGGAUAUGUGUUUACACAGUAUUGUUUUGAGCAAAAUGCUUGGGAUCCCUAAUUUGUAUACCAAAUUUUGGAUCACAAAUGACUCAUAAUUUUUUAUUUCAUAUUUUCAAUAUGUCAUCAAAAUAAUUACUUUUCUUUGAUAAAAACAAUAAACAUAUCUAAAUUAUGGUCUAUUAGAGGAUUGAGUUCAUCUAGUUUGACAAGGUACAGAAUGCUAGGGUCUCUGGUUAUUACAGAGACAUGUUGUUUGGGCGGAACUUCGGAUUCGUGAUGGCAGCGAUGAGCCUGGUG